UCCCCAGCUCAUGAUUGGUUUGGGCUUCAUAGUGUCCUUUCAGUUUUUUCUGUUUAGAUAUCCGGUACGUUGUCGUUUCACUCUGAAAGUAAGGACCGUUGUGUUCACCCCUCUCUCGUUCUCAAUCUCUCCUACCCUGCUCUGAACCCAAACUAACCCCCAAUCUACCUGCAAAACCCUAAUUUACCAAUCCUUUUUACAAUAAACCCUAAUGUGAUCGAGUCCACUCAAUCCGAGUCAAAAUGGACACACACUCCUCUCACCUUACUGUGCAGAACCGCUCGAGGAGCUCACAAACACCGUCCCCGUCCCACUCGGCGUCUGCAUCCGCCACGUCCUCGAUUCACAAGCGCAAACUAGCAGCAACAGCGGCGGCGGCCUCGUCUGAAGACCACGGACCACCAACAUUCCCUGCCUCCUCCGCCGACACUCGCAACGGUGCCUUAACGUCCAACGAUGACCUCGAGAGCAUCUCCGCCCGAGGCGCCGACUCUGACGCUGGCGACUCCGAGGAUGCCGUGGUUGACGACGAUGAAGACGAGUUCGAUAACGACAACGAGUCCUCCAUGCGAACAUUCACCAUGGCUCGGCUCGAGAACACUAACUCCGCUGGCUCCGUACGGACCACGAAGCUGAAGACGGAGCCCGUGACAAUUAAGAUUGAGAAUCCGGAUGAUGGGAAGGAAACUGGUCCCAUAGGGAGUGCUGUGUUAGGGUCCAGUGGUGGGCCCGGUAGCUCGAUGCCGGGAAUUGUUGUUAAAGAAGAUUCAGUGAAGAUAUUUACUGAGAAUAUACAAGCUAGCGGAGCUUAUAGUGCUCGAGAAGAAAGCUUAAAGAGGGAGGAAGAAGCUGGAAGGCUCAAGUUUGUGUGCUUUGGGAACAAUGGUGUUAAUGAUCAUAUGGUUUGGUUGAUAGGAUUAAAGAAUAUCUUUGCGAGGCAAUUACCUAACAUGCCUAAGGAGUACAUUGUCCGUCUUGUGAUGGAUAGAAGCCACAAGUCAGUUAUGGUUAUCAGACAUAAUCAAGUUGUUGGUGGCAUCACAUAUCGCCCAUAUUCCAGCCAAAGGUUUGGGGAGAUAGCUUUUUGUGCAAUCACAGCUGAUGAACAAGUAAAAGGUUAUGGUACCAGACUGAUGAACCAUUUAAAGCAGCAUGCACGUGAUGUUGAUGGGCUAACACAUUUUCUAACGUAUGCUGAUAAUAAUGCUGUUGGUUAUUUUAUUAAACAGGGUUUUACCAAAGAGAUUUACUUGGAGAAAGAGCGAUGGCAAGGGUAUAUAAAGGAUUAUGAUGGUGGAAUCCUCAUGGAAUGUAAAAUUGAUCCAAAGCUUCCCUACACUGAUUUAUCAACUAUGAUUCACCGGCAGAGGCAGGCAAUUGAUGAGAAGAUAAGAGAGCUCUCAAAUUGUCAUAAUGUUUACCGAGGAAUUGAUUUUCAGAAGAAAGAAGCAGGUAUUCCUAAAAAGAUUAUCAAAGUUGAGGAUAUUCCUGGUCUGACUAUUUUGACAACAGGAGAAGCUGGGUGGACUCCCGAUCAAUGGGGUCAUUCACGAUUUAGAACUUUAAGUGCUUCCACCGACAAUGCAUCAAAUCAAAAGUUUUUAACUGCAUUCAUGCGCUCACUUCUAAAGUCAAUGCAUGAUCAUUCUGAUGCUUGGCCAUUCAAGGAGCCAGUUGAUGCCCGUGAUGCACCCGAUUAUUAUGACAUCAUCAAAGAUCCCAUGGAUCUAAGGACGAUGGCAAAAAGAGUAGAGUCUGAACAAUAUUAUGUCACAUUUGAGAUGUUUGUGGCCGAUGUUAAGAAGAUGUUUGCUAAUGCGCACACUUAUAACUCUCCCGAUACCAUCUACUAUAAAUGUGCAACGAGGCUGGAGGCACACUUUCAAAGCAAAGUUCAAUCAGGCCUGCAAACUGGUACCAAAAUUCAGCAGUAAUUAGCUGGAGGAAUAACUAAGAGUUGGAUUAAAUGGCUUCUGCCGCAUAAAGUAACUUCAGAAAAUUUUAUAUAUUUUGUGUAUUAUUGUACAGGUCGCCCGUUUUAAGUUGGUUUUUUUUUUUUUUUUCCUUCUCUCAACAAACAAAUGAAAUAGUCCAGUUAGCCUUUGUAUCAGAUCGGGAUAUUAUAUCGUUUCAUUGGAAACUUUGAAUACGUUGGACAUUAUGACCUCAGACAAAGACUAUAUGUUCUCUUUACAAAGGUAAAUGAGGACAAUGAAAUUUUUUUGAAUGAAA